UGAAAGGAAAGACAACACUGACAGCUGAUUUUGAAUAUAACAGAAAUUUUGUCUUUAGCGCAAAUUAUUAGCAUUUGCAAAACGGUAUUGAUAGCACGUGUGGCGUCAUUCGGCUUUUUUCAUUAUUAAUUUGUUGUAUUAUAUUAAAAUAUAUUGAAUAAGUUUAAUUUAAGUGUAAUGGAGACUGGGCGUGUUACUCCGUCGCGUGUGACACGUUCACAGCAUAAGCAUCUUCAGUCAGAAAGUGAUAAUUCAAGUAGACCUGGUACACCCGUUUCAACACAGAGCUUAGAUAUAUCACCAAAAGAUACUGGUCUACGACGUACCACACGUAGAUUAUCCACUUCGACUCCUUCCAAGCUUAUGGGAAAGUUAGUUAAAGAAGGAACUCCUGAAGUAAGUACACCUUCAAAAAGAAUUACACGUAGAAAUAGUACUUCAAUUAUUGAAGUUGACGUGCAGAAAUCAGUGAAGACACCUAAAUUUCCUACGCUUGCAGAGGAAGAUGUGAAUUCUGAAAAACCAAAAUAUGGAGAGAAGACACGUAGAAAAUCUAUUUCACCAAAGCUUCGAUCACAGAGUGACAAAAUUAGUGCAACUACCAGUAGAUUUACGCGUAGUGCACUAAAAAUCGAAGCUGAGUCGAAAAUUAAAACAAAUAUAUCAAAAAAAAAGGAUAGUCCAUUAAAAAGAAAAGUAUAUAGUAACGAUGUUGAGGACUCGGAAGUGGAAAUUAUAAACAUUAACACCGAUGAGGAUAGCCAAUCCAGUGUAAUUGACGUGAAAAUAGAUAAAAAUGCUAAAAAGACUAUUAAAGGUAAGAAGCAAAAAACUUCUGAUGAAGACAAAAAAGAUAUAAAAAAAAGUGAAGUUGUUAAGAACAACGUAAAAGAUACUGUUAAAUCCACAGAAGAAGAAGAAGAAACUAAAGAUAUGAAAAAGCCCGAUUCAAUUGCGAACGAUAAAAAUUCAAUCAAUAUAGAAGAAGCAGCAAUUGAGCAACCGGUAGAAAAAAAAGUUUACGGCGAAGAAAUAGAUUUAACAGAAGACAAUGAAAAUAGCUUCAAAGCAGAUGAAAAUCAAUCUAAAGAAAAAUCAAAUAAAGUAUUUCAUAACGAAAGUGGAGAAGUAAAAAUAAAAGUUGAACAUAAUGAAAGUGAUGUUGAAAUGAUUGAGAUUGAUGAAGGAGUCGUUGGUAUUGAUAUUAAAAAAGAACAAGAAGACGAGUUUAAAAAUAUUGGAAAUGAUGAUAAAGAUAUAGAAAUGAUUAAGGAAAAUGUUGGCGAGCAUAAAAAAGAAAAUAACAAAAUAAACGAUACAAUCAUGACUAAUAAUGUAGUCAUAAAUGUAACUAAUACAGAUGCAGCUAUAAUCAAUGGUAAUAAAAACAUAGAUCCAAAUACUGAGCCGCAAGCACUUAAUAAAAGUUUAAAUGAAUUAAAUGUAAACAAAUCAUACAAUGAUGAUGUUGAAAUUAUUUCCCAUGAUUUGGUGAUUAAAGAUGUAUUAGUGAAUGAAAUUGUGAGUGACAGUAAAGUGUCAAAUGCAGAUCUUAAUAAAAACAAUAGCAUUUUGGAGGCACGUAACAUUCAAGUGCCGAAUUCAGAUCUUAAAAAUGACAAUAAUAUUUUUGAAUCAAGUAGUAUUGAUAUGCCAAACACAGAUCUUCAGAAGAACAACAGCAUUUUGGAAACAAGUAAUAUUGAAAUGCCAAACACAGAUCAGAAGAACAAUAGUAUUUUGGAAGCAAGUAAUAUUGAAGUACCAAACACAGAUCUUCAAAAGAACAAUAGCAUUUUGGAAGCAAAUAAUAUUGAAGUAACAAACACAGAUCCGCAAAAGAACAAUAGCAUUUUGGAAGCAAGUAAUAUUGAAGUACCAGACACAGAUCUUCAAAAGAACAAUAACAUUUUGGAAGCAAGUAACAUUGAAGUAGAUCUUGAACAAAACGAAAGUACUUCAAAUGAAAAUGAUUGUGAAAAUGAUUUAAAUAUACGUAAUGUUAGUUUAAAAUUAAAUGAUAUGAAAAAAACAUUAAAUUCUAUUAAAAUCAAUUCACCUUGUACUGUACCGAUACAACAAACUUCCAAACCGUCAACACCCCUAAGUACUAUGAAAAAAUUAAAGGUAAUGAUAACUGACGUAAGAACUUUAGAAUCAACAAGUCCAGAUCCUAAAAUAAAUGAAACAGUUCUCGAUAAAACUUCAAAUUCGAAUAAAAUAAAUGAAGAACCACAAACUCCAGAUCCUAAAAUAAAAAAGACACUUCUCGAUAAAACUUCGAAUUCGAAUAAAAAGAAUAAAGAACCAACUACUCCAGAUCCUAAAAUAAAAGAAACACUUCUCGAUAAAACUUUGAAUUCGAAUAAAAAGGAUGAAGAACCAACUACUCCAGAUCCUAAAAUAAAAAAAACACUUCUUGACAAAACUUUGAAUUCAAAUAAAAAGAAUAUAGGAUCAUCUACUCCAGAUAAAACACUUGCAAACAAAAGUUUGCCUUUGAACAUAAGGUCUAGUGGACAUAGAAAUUCGGUUACGUUCGAUAAUUCAGAUGAUAAUGAUGUGGAAAAGAAAACUUAUCCCAGAACACCAUCACUCUUAAAAAGUAAAAGCUAUAUUGAAAUUGAUUCUUCAAAGUCAGAUUUAGAAGAAAAGAAACAGGAUUCCCACGGGCAACUACCAUUGCUAGAAGUAACUCCAAUAAAGUACAAAGUCUUAGACAAAUUGAAGAGUUCAACGCCUAUUAUUAACAGUGCAAAUAAAGUUACUAAAACAAAGGAUGAAUUAAAACAAAUUGACUUAGAAAUUGAAAAGUCAAUUACUUUAAAUUCAACAGCGGAGAAGAGUUGUGCCAAUUCAAUUGAUGAAUUGGUUGAAGAAAAAAGCUCUCCAAAAAAAACGACUGCACUUAAUACUUCAAGUGAGAACAAGGACGACUCUUCAAAGAGUAUUAACAAUUUUGCACAAUCAUGGACGCAAUGUAUUACAGUAAAAGUAGGCAACAAUUCCAAAAUUGAUACAAUUGCAGAAUCUAAGGCAUUAGAGGUUCAUGAAGAUGUGGAAAUAGAAAAUAUAUCACCACAGAAAAAUUCAUCACAAUUACAUUUACAACUUGAUUCCGAUGAACAAUCUAAUGCAGAAUCAAAUGAACAAUCUAAUGAAGAAUCUGAUGAAGAACAAACUAAAAAUAAGUUUGUUGAUGAUGAAGCAAUGGAUGCAGGAGAAGAUUAUUGUAGUGGUGAUUCAAUGGAUGAAGAAGAACGGCGUGAAAUGGAAGAAAAUGAUAUAAUACCUGAUGGUGAAUCCAUUGGCAGUUGUGAUACUGACGAGGGUGAUCUCAUAAGUGAAGAAGAUGACGAAAAAUUAUCUUUUAUUGCAACAAGUUCAGAAGAUGAAAUACAAAAUGUAGAUGAAGAUGAAAGUAAUAGUAGUAAUGAUAGUGAUAACUCCGUUGUAUUACAUAUAUCUGAUGAAGGAGACGAUGAUAAUGUUCUUGAGAUAAAACAAGUUUCUAAAAAUAAAAGAAAGCGUGUAAUUGAAUCGACCAGCGAAACUGAAGUGGAAACGCAAGACAAUGACAGUAAUUCUAAAAUUAAUAAAAUGGAUGUUAAAAAUAUGAAGGUUGAGAGGAAUACAUUUAAUUCAUCAUCGAAAUCAUCAAAUAGCAGUGAUCUAAGUGAGUCCGCAUUAAAAUUGCGGGUAGAGCCUAAAACAGAUCGUAAGUUAGAUAAAAGUGCUGUCAAGGAAUUAAAUGAGUCUCGUAAAAAAAUAUUGAAGGAUAUGAACAGAUCGGAUCGCUUCAAUAAAUCAUUUUUUGAUAAUGAAGCGCCACUAGAAUCCUCAUCUGAUGUAACAGAUGACGUUAAUCAGUCUAGCAGUUUAAGCGAUUCUCAAAAUGAAGCACAAGUCUUAAAAGAAAAGGAAAUUAAAAAAAAUCGGAAUGAAACUGAUGUUAAUAAAAGUGAUUUAGUAUCUGUACAAAAAUGUCCAUCAGAAUCAAAUGAUGAUUAUACAUCAUCUUAUGAUAAUAAAAUAUCUGAUAACAAAAAUGAGAAAUUCGGCAAAAUUAAUUUAAAUGAAUCGUUAAAAUCUACACAAAAGUCAGAUAAAAACGAUUUAAUCGAAGAAGAAGAAAUAGUGUCUAAAAAUCACACAGAAAUACAAAUAAAUAGAUCACAAGAAAGCAUGGAGGUAGACGAAGAUUAUAUAUUGAGUUCCAAUGACGAAGCAGAUAAUAUAAACAGUUCACAAGUAAAAUCAAAUUCUCAUAAAAAGGGCAAUAAAACUGUGGAAAAUGAUUUAACGGAGAAUGGCGAAAGAAGAAAGAAAGAUAGUAUUAAAAGAAAAUCACUAAAUAAAAGUAAAAAUGACUUUGAAAAUAAUCAAUCACUUAGUAGUAAUGAUAAGAAGAGUUCUAAAAAUAAAUCUUUCACUCACGAUAAACAAGAAGAAAUAAUUGAUAGUGUCGUUGAAAAUGCACAAGAAUAUUUAAUACAAACGGUAUCGAAAUCAUCUUCGAAGAAAAAAUAUAAGGAAAAUAAUGAUGUGUUUUCAUCUAGUUACGAUGAACAAGUACAAGGUAAACUAAACAACUCACAAAAAUCAGUCUCCAGCAAAGAAGUACGGAAAAACUAUGACAACAGUUCAUCGAGUGAUGCAGAAGUAACAGAAAAGAAUUUAGAGAAGCGUUCUAAAAAGAAAAUGAAGAAGAAACGUAAAGACGUUACUUCAUCUUGUGACGAUGAAGGAAAAUAUAAAUCACAAUCUUUAAGCGAAUCAUUAUCCAAAAAAGAAAAGAAUAAUUAUGAAGCAGAAUAUAAAUCGCAAAAAUUAGACUUCGACGAAGACGAAAAUCCUAACAGUCAAUUAGAAGAUGUAUUCAUUGACGAAAAAGAAGCAGAGUCCAGAUCGUCCAGAUCGGUACGAAAAUCAAUCUCAAACAAAGAAAAAUACAAUAAAGAUGAGAUGGACCGUGAAUUCAGUGAUGAAGAACAUAAAUUAGAAUCAUUAAAAAAAUCUAACUCUAAGAACAAAAAGCGUAGAAAGAAUUCUAUAAUCAGUGACGAAGAAGAGAUAAAACAUAAAUCAAAAUCGAUUAGCAAAUCAACACCUAAUAAAGAAAAUAGCGAUAUGGAAGAUUGUAUAUUCACUGAUGAUAAAGAAGAACGUAAAUCGCGAUCGGUACGUAAAUCACUUUCCAACAAAGAAAAAUAUAAUACGAUUGAAGAAGAUCAUGCAUACAGUAAUGAAGUAGAGAUUAUAAAUAUAUCAGAAGAAAAAGAAGACGUUGUUCUUGACAUCACUGAAGGAGAAGAGGUAAUAAAUAAAUCACGAACAUCCAGAAUAUCAUUACCCAACAAAGAAAAAAUGGCGAAGGAUAAAGAAUAUCAAUCGCAAUCGCUACAAAAAUUGUUCUUCAAUAAAGAAAAUGACAAUAAAGAUGGAUCAUAUAGUAUAUGUAGAGAUGAAUCAGAAGAUAAGCGUAAAUCACGAAAGCUGCGCAAAUCCAACUCUAACAAAGAAAAAACUAAUGAAGAGAAUAAUGUAUUCAAUGAUGUUAAAGAGACAGAACAUAAAUCACAAUCAUUCCAUAAAUCUCUUUCUAAUGAAGCUCAAAACAAUAUGAGUGAAGACGAUCAUAAGCUAAGUGGUGGAGAAGAGAUAGAACAUGAAAUCGAUGAAGUAGAGUCCAAUGAAGAAGUAGAGUCAGAACAUGUAGUCGAUUUUAAGUUCAGUAAUGAAGAGGAGUUAGAACAUGAAGAAGAUUUGGAGAAUAGUGAUGAAGAAGAAAUAGAACAUAAAACAAGAUCAUUUGGAAAAUCAAAUUCCUAUAAAGACAAAAAAUCUAAAAUUGAAAAGGGUCGUUCAUUCAUUGAUGACGACGAAGAAGAUAGGGUAUCAAGUGAUGAAGAACAGAUUGAAUAUAAAUCACAACCAUUAGAAAAAUAUGUAUCCAAGAACAAAGUAGAUCAGAACAAAAAUAAAAGUAUUUGUUCAUAUAAUGCUGAUGUAGAAGACGGAUAUAAAUCUUGCUUAUCACGAAAAUCACUUUCCAGUAAACAAAAGAAAAUAACGGAAUAUAUUUCUUCCAAUUUUGAUGAAGAGACAAAAUGUAAACCAGAAUCGCCACAAAAAUCAGUAUCUCGGAAAGAAAUUAAGAAAAAUAUUGAAAAUAUCCCGUCAUCUAGUGACGAAAGCAGUGAUUCAUCGCUUAAUGAGAGAAAAGAUGUAAAUAGUAAAUUAGAUGUUAAAAAACAUUCCUUAUACCAUAAACAAAAUGAAGAGAAAAUUGAAAACGAAGCUGAGACUAUUAGUCCUUCUAAAAGGAGGUCACUACUUAAUAAAAAAACCAAAAUUGAUGUCGGCAAGAAUAAUUCAUCUUGUAAUAUGGGAAACCUCAAUCAUUCAAAGAGAAAGUCCUUGUCUUUUGAAGAAAGUAAAUUAAAAUCAAUAGAAAAAAAUAAAUCUCUUAGAAAUUCAUUGCAUAAAAGGAAAGAAAAUGUUGAAACUAAGGAAUCGAUUUCACAGACUCAUUCUGAUAGUGAUUUUGUUGAAAUUCGGAAUAUGAGCGAUAAUGAAUCAAGUACUGAAGAAGAGAACGAGUGUGAUUUAUCUAAAAAUCUUUCAUACAAAAAUGUUAAAUAUUUAAAUGAACAAGAGGAGGCCGAUUCAAGUGAUGAGGAUAAAAUAGAGAUAAAUAAGAAAUCCGUAAAUAAGUCAACCAAAAAGAAGUAUUCAUUGAAUAAACGUAAUGAACUACCAACUUCAUCCUCUGAACCAGAAAAAAACGAAGCAGAUGUGUCAGAUCAAAGUCAAACGCUGAAUAAUAAACACUCAUUAAACACAAAUUCCAAGAUUCAAACCGCAAUUUUAUCAAAUUCAAAGAAAAGAAAAUUUAGAAAAGAUUUAGAAAGAAUAAGUAGUUCAGAUGAAGACGAAAUCAAGUUAAAGGCGACAGCCAAAGUAAGUAGCCGUUUAUGCACAAGUUUUAUUGAUUUUAAUAAGAUAGCGAACGAAAAAUACUAUGAGAAACUACAUACAUCAUGUACGGUGAACACAUUUGAAGUUGGGGAUCCUGAACAUCAAACCGAUGAGAGUGGCUAUGAAAAAGUUGAAGAACAUACCACCCAACUCAUACAAGCAGUAGAAACAAACAGUGAUGAGUUUCACGGUGCAGAGGAGCAUGUUUUCACAAAUUUUGAGCAAAUAGAUAAAAUCCAUGUUGAUAAUCGUCGUCGAAGUUUAGCUCCAACAGGUCAUCGCAUUCCUGAUCAAUCUUUGAAUGCAGGUCAAUCAUUUAUAGAAAAUAUUUCUGAAGAUAAAAAAGAAACACGUAAAGAUAAAAAUAUUAAAAGGAAACGCUUGACACAAAGUUUUUGCAGUGCCGGUUCACUCGAUACCACAGACUUUGAGUUGCAUCAUGUAAACAAGAAACGUAAAAUUUUGGAACAAAAUGAUUCAGAAGUCGAUAAGAGUUUGGAAGAUUUAACUGCUAAGAACUUGAAAGAUGUACUUGAAAAGAGCAAAAACGAAGUAUCUCAAGAAGAAGAUACAAAUCGUGAAGUUCCCAAAAAGGCUGCGAUUGAUAAUGUGAACAGUCCAGUCGUAAAUAGCAAAAAUGAUUUUAAACGAAAAGAAAAAACCAAAUUAGCUGUGGAACAAGCACUAAAAUUUUCAGCAGAUGUUAUUACUCAAAUGUCUAAGAAGAAAAAGAAAAAUAAGAAGUUGGUGGAUGGAAAUAAACUUGCUUCAAAACAGGAUCAAAUAACAGAAGAGUCAAUUUCUGAAACAGUACCAAAAUCUGAAGAUCAAGCACAGACAUCGAAUGAAGUACAUAAAAUAAAAUCUUCUGCUGGGGAUAUAAUAGAAACACCCAUUACACCAAAAAAGAAAAUUCACAUUACCACAUUUAAUUUGCCAACUGGAACUGUUUGUGUCGAACCCAUGACACCGUGUCGUAAAGCAAUAGUAAAUGGUUUUAGAGAAAGUCCAUUUACACCAAAAUGUGUCGGCUUUAAGGUAGAAAGUAACUGCCAGGAUUUGUCUCCUACAUCAUCUCGUAAAAGCCGCAAACGCAAACGUUAUAUCGAGGAACCGAAACAUUCGUUACCGAAACCAAAAUGGACUCAAUCAGGCCAAUUUAUAGAGGAAGAUUUGUCAACAGGUGAAAUUGUGAAUUUAAAAAAAGGCAAGAAAGUUGAUAGCCUACAGUUAAGUAAGGAGAGCGCUCUUAAUUUUAAAAAUAGAGCUCUAUUUCGCAAGAACAUACAAAGGGAAAGUUCUCAAACGUUGCUUAGACGCAAAGAACGUGGUUUCCAGAACAAAUUUUAAUUUGCUUUUUUACAUUUAAGUUGAAAUUUAAGUUACUCUUAAUUUAAUUUUCAUAUAUUAGU